UCAUUUAAAAGAAUCGGUUGACGCGAACACAAGGACAUCAUCUGCUUCUUUUUUCGCACUAACCUCAACUUCUUCACAGCGCGGCGCGUCUGUCUCUUCUCUCACGAGGCUUUAGCUAGAUUUUAGGUACAUUUCCAUUGAUAAUCCCGGCUCUUUCCUAUAGUCUGUGCGCUUUCCACCGUGGCGCGUCUGUGAAUUUAUCACUUGUAUCACAUGCUGAUGGGUUUCGUGCGCAGGUUCAUUUGAACCUUUUUUUUAAUUUCCACUCCGUUUUCCAUAUUCAAGCCACUAAUGGACACACCGAAGGAUUAUCUGUGCUUUAGACCUCUCGACAUGAGAUGAAACCCAGAGGAGAUGUUAUAUAUACCAAAUAACGCCAAGAAGAGGACGCGCUAUUUUGGCACAUGAAGAAUUUUGCAUAUGGACACACAUGACAUGCGCCGAACAGACAGCAGAGGCAAAUAUCUACGAUUUUUAUUAACCUUUAGCUGAUUAUUGCUCAGAAUGCUUCAACUGUAAGCCAUUUUACUUGAAUUUCUAAUAUAUGCACUGUUAUGCAGGCAUGCUGGCUCAUAUCUUGUGUGAUGGAUUUUGCCACCAUGCAGCAUAGGUGAAGUGUUAUAGUGAACACUGAUAUAGCCUAUAUACAAAUACAAAUUAUUUUAGCAUGCUAUUUAUGCUGGUAAAUUAAACCCAUUAACACUCCAAUGCCUGACAUUGGCAUGUGUGCGUUAUAGCAUAAUAAUCUUCCUCCAGGGCUAAUGUCGGAAUAUAUUUGUUUGGCACAAUUUCUUAAUUGGCAUAAGUAGUUUAUUAGCCUUAAUUUAGAAGACGAAAAAAAAGCUUGAGAGAGCAUAAGCAGCUUAAGGUUAACAGAGCAGGUGGCACUUUGCAUUGUGCAUUCUAGCCUCGAAGUGGCUUUUAUUAUAGCAAUUACUACAGUAUUUCGGUGGUAAUGGACACCAGUAAAAUGGAUGAUGCUUCGUCUAGCGAUAGCAUGGAGAUGGAAAUGACGCCUGGCUACAUGGAGCUCACCUCCAGAGCAUAUUCAGUCAUGUUUAGUGCCUUUAUGGACUGUAAAGACUGCGGGCUGGAGUUGUCCAUAAGGACAUUGCUGGACCACGCAUACAUAACUUGGAUGGAGAUCUUCAUGCUGUUCAUCUGCACUGUCAUGUGGACGAAAGUGCGCAAGGGACUGACCGUGUACUUCUUUGAGCCAUUUGGACAGUGGUGUCGUAUUCAACCAAAAGAUGUCUCAAAGAUGCCAGAGAGUGCGUGGAAGCUGGUCUUCUACACAAUGUCCUGGUCAUACAGCACUUACCUUUUAUUUUUCACCAGCUAUUCCUUCUUUCAAAACCCUCCAUCUGUAUUUUACGACUGGAAGAGCGGGAUGUCGGUCCCCACAGAUAUUGCGAUAGCUUACCUGAUCCAAGGCAGCUUCUACGGCCACUCUAUAUACGCCACCGUCUACAUGGACGAAUGGAGGAAGGACUCGCUUGUCAUGGUGGUACAUCACUUCAUCACUCUGGCCCUGAUCACAUUCUCCUAUGCCUUCAGAUACCACAACAUAGGCAUUCUCGUCCUCUUUCUUCACGACAUCAAUGAUGUCCAGUUGGAGUUCACCAAGAUUAAUGUUUACUUCAAGACCCGGGGAGGGAAGGAGUACUUCAUCAAUGAUGUCCUAUCCAACAUGGGCGCCGUUAGCUUCAGCAUCACAUGGUUUUGGUUUCGUUUGUACUGGUUCCCCCUCAAAGUGUUGUGGGCCUCCUGCAUCACCAGUAUCCAGUCGGUUCCCAACAUCCCUUUCUACUUCUUCUUCAACAUGCUCCUGUUUGCCCUGCUCCUCAUGAAUAUCUACUGGUUCCUGUUUAUCGUGCUGUUCGUGGCGAAGGUCCUGACAGGCCAGAUGAAGGAGGUAAAUGACGUUCGGGAGUACGAUGAAGACGACCUGAAGGAGAGAAAAGACAGCAGUGACGAGGCGUCUACUGAAGGGAAACACGUGCAGAACGGGAUCAACAAGAAGCAACAAUGAGCAGGUGCUGCCACCUGCAGGCACUGAACAAUGACUGCAAGGUACUUAUGUGACCUAGUUUGAUUCUAACCUCAGACCGCCUAGGUGCUUGAAGAGUCAUCCGGAAAACAUACAAGAAACAAAUCGACUAUCGUCUGCUGUCUACCGUUUUUAAAAUUCCAUCAUGUUAUGAUAUAAUCCUAGCACUGUGAAUGUUAAUCGUCAUCCAUCUGAUAUUGCUUUAAAAAUGUCCUCGUUGUGUUAAAGGAGUGUGAUUUCGUUGCAGUUGUCAAUCAGGAACUUGAGAUGGAAAUUAUUUCGAAAUAUCCGCCCAUGAAAUACAAACCUGUGCAUUAUGAAGUACAGCUGAUUUUGUGGUCAUCACCUGGGACCACUUUUCGUUUGUUGGUUUGAUUAUUCGUAUGUAUUUAUUUUGAUUCCAGGAGAACUGAAGCGACGGCAUUCAAAAGGGUUAUUAGUACUUAUCUUGUAGUGGAUUAUUGGUGGAGUGGUUCUCAAAUGGUGGGUUUGAAGGUCUGGGAAAUAGAAAUAGCAAUAUUAAAUGCAUAUAAUAAGACAUAAAAAUAAUAAUUAACAAUGUGUUAGAUAGUACGGGUAGUAUAAUUCAUAAAUUCAUACCGUAUCUUGUUGAGUUGUUUGCAAACAAAUCGCAGGACGUCAAAUCUCACUCAAUGAUAUGAUUUGGCACAAAUGAAUACCAAUAAAUUACGUAGACAACAGUAAACAUGGGUUAGAAAUAUAAAGAGCUUAAUAAGGAAUGAUUUGAUGUUGUUUACCUGCACAUUUAGGCUCUACAUAUUUGAAUCAUACACAUAUUUAAGCAAAAUACAAGACGUAGUAUUUUAAUGUUUAAAAUUAAGUGACGCUUAAAACAAAUCUGCUAAUAGAAAAAAAAACUUGUUCCCAUUUAAAUCUCACCUAAUUUUAAUACAUUUUAUCAGAAGUUUUAAACAAUUAUAGAGGAAUACAAAAAUAAUACAUCAAAAUUAUUAUAGUUGUUUGCAAACAAAGCGCAGGACGUCAAAUCACACUCAGUGAUAUUAUUUGGCACAAAUAAAUGUCAAUAAAUUACGUAGACAACAGUAAACAUGGGUUAGAAAUAUAAAGAGCUUAAUAAGGAAUGAUUUGAUGUUGUUUACCUGCACAUUUAGGCUCUAAAUAUUUAAAUCAUACACAUAUUUAAGCAAAAUACCACAAGACGUAGUAUUUUAAUGUUUAAAACUGAGCAAAACUAAAGACAAGAAAUAAAAAUCUCCUAAUGGAAUAAAAAACUGAACUUGUUCUUAUUUAAAUUAAGAUUUCACACCCAAUUAUUAGAUUUCUGAAGUAAAAUGUCACUUAAUUUUGAUACAUUUUACCAGAGAAGUUUUAAACAAUUAUUGCGCAAUACAAAAAUAAUACAUCAAAACUAUUAUAGUUGUUUGCAAACAAAGCGCAGGGCGUCAAAUCAAACUCAGUGAUAUUAUUUGGCACAAAUAAAUGUCAAUAAAUUACGUAGACAACAAUAAGCAUAGGUUACGAAGAAAAAGAGCUUAAUAAGGAAUGAUUUGAUGUUGUUUACCUGCACAUUCAGGGUUUACAUAUUUUAACAAUACGCAUAUUUAAGCAAAACACCACAAGACGUAGUAUUUUAAUGUUUAAAAUUAAGUGACGCUUAAAACAAAUCUGCUAAUAGAAUAAAAAACUUGUUCCCAUUUAAAUCUCACCUAAUUUUAAUACAUUUUAUCAGAAGUUUUAAACAAUUAUAGAGGAAUACAAAAAUAAUACAUCAAAAUUAUUAUAGUUGUUUGCAAACAAAGUGCAGGAUGUCAAAUCACACUCAGUGAUAUUAUUUGGCACAAAUAAAUGUCAAUAAAUUACGUAGACAACAGUAAACAUGGGUUAGAAAUAUAAAGAGCUUAAUAAGGAAUGAUUUGAUGUUUUUUACCUGCACAUUUAGGCUCUACAUAUUUUAAACAUACACAUAUUUAGGCAAAACACCACAAGACGUAGUAUUUUAAUGUUUAAAAUUAAGUGACGCUUAAAAAAAAUCUGCUAAUAGAAUCAAAAACGUGUUCCCAUUUAAAUUAGGAUUUUACACCUCCUUUGUGGAUUUCUGAAGUUAAAUCUCACUUAAUAAUAAUACAUUUUAUCAGAAGUUUUAAAGUUAUAGUGCAAUAUAAAAAUAAUACAUCAAAACUAUUAUAGUUGUUUGCGAACAAAGGGCAGGACGUCAAACCACACUCUGUUAUAUUAUUUGGAACAAAUGAAUACCAAUAAAUUCUGUAGACAGCAAUAAACUUGGGUUACAAAGAUAAAGAGCUUAAUAAGGAAUGAUUUGAUUUUUACCUGCACAUUUAGGCUCUAAAUAUUUGAAUCAUACACAUAUUUAAGCAAAAUACCAUGAGACGUAGUAUUUUAAUGUUUAAAAUUAAGCGCCACUUAAAACAAGAAAAAAAAAAAAAUCUGCUAAUGGAAUAAAAAACUGAACUUGUUCUCAGUUAAAUUAAGAUUUCACACCUCAUUAGUGGAUUUCUGAAGUAAAAUGUCACUUAAUUUUUAUAAAUUUUAUCAGUUUUAAACAAUUAUAGUGCAAUACAAAAAUAAUACAUCAAAACUAUUAUAGUUGUUUGCAAACAAAGCGCAGGACGUCAAAUCAAACUCAGUGAUAUUAUUUGGCACAAAUAAAUGUCAAUAAAUUACGUAGACAACAAUAAGCAUAGGUUACGAAGAUAAAAAGCUUAAUAAGGAAUGAUUUGAUGUUGUUUACCUGCACAUUCAGGCUCUAAAUGUUUUUUUACCAUACACAUAUUUAAGCAAAACACCACAAGACGUAGUAUUUUAAUGUUUAAAAUUAAGUGACGCUUAAAAAAAAUCUGCUAAUAGAAUAAAAAACGUGUUCCCAUUUAAAUUAAGAUUCACACCUCAUUAGUGGAUUUCUGAAGUAAAAUCUCACUUAAUAUUAACACAUUUUAUCAGAAGUUUUAAAGUUAUAGUGCAAUAUAAAAAUAAUACAUCAAAACUAUUAUAGUUGUUUGCAAACAAAGGGCAGGACGUCAAACCACACUCUGUUAUAUUAUUUGGAACAAAUGAAUACCAAUAAAUUGCGUAGACAGCAAUAAACUUGGGUUACAAAGAUAAAGAGCUUAAUAAGGAAUGAUUUGAUGUUUACCUGCACAUUUAGGCUCUAAAUAUUUGACUCAUACACAUAUUUAAGCAAAAUACCACAAGAUGUAUUUUAAGGUUUAAAAUUGAGCGACACUUAAAACAAGAAAUAAAAAUCUGCUAAUUGAAUAAAAAACUUAACUUGUUCACAUUUAAAUUAAGAUUUCACACCCCAUUAGUAGAUUUCUGAAGUAAAAUGUCACUUAAUUUUGAUACAUUUUACCAGAGAAGUUUUAAACAAAUGCAAUACACAAUACAUCAAAACUAUUUGGGAACUACUGCACCAAUCAGCUUUCUUUUUAAACCAUCUGCUAGUCAUGUGUGUACAGUGUUAGCUAGUGUUUGAAUGUACAUGACUGAAAGGGAAUUGUUUUCAAUCUUCGGAUUAGUUUCUAAAAAAUACUGCUUGCAUUCCUUAUGUGGAUUUUUCCCACGAGCACUGCUGCAAUGGCAUUUAAAAAAAGCUAGCUUUCUAUUGGCUAAAACUAUACUCCAAUAUCGCG